AAUGUGUACAGAAUGUUGGUGUUAUAGUUUCUUGUGUGGGGGGUACGCAACGUUAUCAGUUGCUGACGUCUCCAAUAUGCAUGAUUCACACCUCCUCACUACGCACUCCUCCCUCCUCGCUCCUUAUCGCAAUCGACACAUGAAAGCACUUUGGUUUAUCGGCUUUUUUGGGUUUCUGAUUCAACGCCCCCUCGAUAUUGUCAUUGAGUCGAGAUCAAGAGUGCCCUCGAAUGGAACAUUAUUUUAAUUUUUCCCCCCAACAAAAACUACGAUCCAUUAAGUGCUUUUCGCGACCACGUACAGAUAAUACAGCAAUACCAGGCAACCUCCACGGCUUGGCCCGAACUAGAAAACUAGAAGUGAAGUCGGGAGGAGCAAUAGCAAUUAAUGCCAACGGCCUCCAAUCGCUUAUCGCUUAUCGUGUGGGCGUCAGUGGACGUUGGGCGGUGGGCGUGGCCAGUCGAGUGUCUCACGUAAUUGUUUACACACAUAUUUAAUUUUUCAUAAUUCUUUUUUUCUUUUGCUGACUUUUAGAAUUUAUUUGCUUUGACUUCGGCCGAGGCUUUUGUUUUCCCAGCGCUGCGGUGACACGAGCUGACAUUUUUGUGACUUUAUCACAUGCCUCGUAUUGCGGUAAACUGUUGAUAAACUAAGCGUCUGCAAUUAUCGCAAAAUCAUAACAAAACUGUGUGUAUUUUCCUUUGCUUUUCACCAGAAAUAGUGUGUUUAACUUGAGUUCCUUUGACUCCAUAUGGGAGUUGCAAAACUCAAAAAUGUAUAUUUUCUAUUUUUUGUAGAUAUUUUAUUUUUAACAAACGCUCUGAAGUAGACACUUGAUAAGCGCACACAAAUAACGUUACCCAAUGUAUAUUUGUUAGCUCGUUUAAUUAUUAUCUAAUAUUUGUGUGCACUAAAUAAAGGUAAUCUAUUCGUUUGCACAUUUAGAUCUCUGAGCACCCGAAUGCCAGAGUCGUCAUAUAAAAAAAAGAUUUCAAUCUCAGUUCCUAACCAGCAGAGCAUUUUCCCAAUGCUUUUCCACGUUUUAGCCAGACAUCUCACGUUCUACGACCAUUAGCCAGGUCAUGUUAAUUGACCAACUUGCGCAGUGUCAGCCAACUCAGGCUAAUUGGGCUUAUUUGUCCAACUUAUUUGUGAUUCGGCGAUUGUCGAGUGAUAAAAUGUGAGCACAACAUUUAAAGUUCAAUUCGGAAUUUGGAAUUCCGUUGCAAGUUGACACUCCUCUUGGCCACUUAAGCCGUUAACUGUAAACGUUACGAAACCAGUUUGAACAUUUGAUUUACUCCCGAAGGCCAGAAGUUCGGUUCUUGGUUACUUGGUGACCACGCCACCAUGAUCCCACAAUUUGUAGCUUUGCUUGGGCUCUGGUUUGUGAUAUGGCUUUUGGUUUUCCGGCUUCAUUAGAAGACUUUUCUUCUCUUGAAGAAGGGCGUUGACUUUUCAGCGGGGAUGCUGUUUGACUGCAUUUUUUCCCAUCAACGCUAAUCGAAUUGUGAACACCAAAAGCAUCUAAACAUUUUUUAAAGUGGGUCAAAUAUGAUGGUAUGGUGGGUAGCUGAAGUGAUUUACAAAUGCUCUUGGCACUUGGCUUAAAAGUUCUCAGAGCACUCACAAAAAAAGGCAAGCAAUAACAAUAAAACUGAAUAAACUCAGUAGCCAGAAGGCGACAUUUUGGCUGCUGAAGUGAAGGACAUUUAGUUGAAUUUGUUUUCAGAAAAUUUCAAGGACCACGAGCUCAAAUUGGCAAUGGUAAAUAUUCACAAAAUGGAGAUAAAACCACAGUGAAAAAAUUGACCUAUAAAUUUGUUUAAUUCUCCGUAACUAACCACUUUAAAAGCACAUAAAACGAAACUUUAAUAUCUAUGUAUGAUUCAUGAAGUGCGUAAGCCAGCUUAUAGAAAGAUGGGCAGAAAACACAAAAAUAAAAUCCAAAUCACGCACUAAAAGUAAACAUGAUUUCAGAAAUGACAACAAUCGAAUGGUUAUAGCAUUUUGAAGAAGCUUUUGGAGAAAGGGGUGGGGUAUGGGGUGUGGGGUGGGGGGCACCAUCCGGAAAGGGUUCAUUCAACCAAUAAUCGAGGCACAAAACAGGUUCCAGUCGUAAAAUCUGUGUACGUGUUUGCCAGAGAAACAGAUUCGACUGCAGUUUGCUUUGAUAAAAACGUAAAAAUAAUAUACAAAAAUAUGGGGAGCGCGAGAUAUAUGUUCGUUAUCAGUGUUUGCCCGAUACGAACAUAUUUAUUUUCUCUUUGUGAUAUGGUAAUUAAUAUGGCCAACUAGACGGCAUAUUUUCCAUGACUGCAGUAAACAAUGAUCAUACGCGUUAAUCAGAGUCCACCGAUACAGCAAGAUGUACACAAAGCCAACUUUAGUAUUUUGUUUUCUGGUUCUAAUGUUAAUAGUAAAACAGGCAACGCCCCGAGUGGAGUUUACCAACUUGAAGUGUAUGUCUGUGGACAAAGAUUUUGCCGAAUUUUCCGAAUGCACUCUGAAAUCGAUAAAUCGAACGUAUAAAUAUAUUUCGGCCAGAGUUAGCCUGUACAAACUGCCAAUUACUAAAGCACGGGUCAACUUUGGACUGUACAAAAGGUUUAAUGGUUACAAGCCGUUCCUAUACAAUCAAACCAUAAAUGCUUGCCAUUUUUUCAAACAUCAAAAGGCACAUCCUGUGGCAAAGUAUUUUUUUGACAUGAUUAAGGAAGUUUCAAACUUAAACCACUCCUGUCCAUAUAAUCACGAUAUUAUUGUGGAAAAAGCAUCCACCGAUAUGGUUAAUCACCACAUUACAAAUAUUCUCUCCUACCCGGAAGGUGAUUACAUGCUGGAAACUCAUUGGAUACUAAAUGAUAAAUAUGCCGGAGGAAUUAAAGUGUAUUUGUCGCUGUUCUAAAUAUUUAAAUUACUUUCAUACAAAGCCGUCGUUCUCACCAAAUAAAAAAAUAUCUGCACCGCA